UCCAGAACUUAUGGGAUAUGGACAUAGGUGAUUUUACUUGAUUAUAUGAUGUAUUUUAGAGUGGAAACCAUGAUGGUUUAGGUGCUGAACAAAUGAGUUCAGAUCUGAACAUUUGUUUGUCUUAGGAGACCCCAGAUGCAAUUGUGUACUUUUGCUUUAACUUGAUUAAUAUGCAUGCUAUGGAACUAAUCUAAAAUGGAGGAAAGUAAGUCUUGCUGAGUACCUUAAGUACUCACCCUUGCUGUUGUAAUCUUUUUGCAGAGGAUAAAACUUCACUUGGCAGCGAGUCCGAGUAUGACCUCGACGAGUAGUUUGGUUCUACCUUCAGCAGCUUAGUCCCUUGGGUUGUUGGUGGGCGAACUGCAAGGAUGCCUCCUCGUCGUGGUGGUCGUGUUGGAGGGCGUGGCCAUAGGCGUGAUGAUGAUCUUCCUCCUCCACCUCCAAAUCUUGCAGAGGUCAUGGUGAAUCAGACCCGUCUUCUGGAGGAGAUGAUUAGGAGCAAUGCAGCACACAGGGCACCACAAGAUCAGGAGAUCUCUCUCAUGGAUUUUCAGAAGUGUGAUCCUCCCAACUUCACUUCAGCCUCUGAACCUCUGGUGGCUGAUGACUGGCUGAGAGAUAUGGAGUUUAAGUUCCAGCACAUGCGCAUUCCUAAUGGCAGCAAAGUUCUCUUCGCCACAUACCAGUUUCGUGGCCCCGCACUUGCUUGGUGGCAGUCCCAGUUGGCUAUGCAGCCCGCUGGUCAGGAGAUGUCUUGGGCUGAUUUCUGCACACUUUUCCGUUGUGCUUAUGUCCCAGAGAGCACCAUUGGCCUCAUGAAGCAGAAGUUUAGGGCUCUCAAGCAGGAACGCCGCUCAGUGGACGAGUACUUGGGGGAAUUUGAGCAUCUCUCCCGCUACGCUCCAAGAGACGUUGAAGAUGAAAAGGAGAAGAUUCAGGCCUUCUUGAAUGGCUUGUGCGAGGAUCUUCAUGAGAAGCUAGUCACACAUGAUUUCCCGGAUUUCCGCACUUUGGUGGACAAGGCUAGGCUAGCCAAGAGGGCUAGUAUUUCUUCAGAGAUAGCCCGCAAGCGCAAGAGGGAGGCAUUUCAGGCUUCCAAGGCGGGAUCAUCUAGCUCUCGCCAAGACAAGCCGGUUCCUAUUUCUUCUGGUGGAAAAAUGUUCCAUAAUCAGCAACCUUAUACCCAUCCAAGGCAUCAGCAGCAACAGCUACAACAACACAAUCAGCGGCAGGGUGGAGGUCAAUUCAAGGACAAUAAGAACAAGAAUGUUGAAUGUUGGAACUGCCAUGAGCGUGGGCACUUCUCUACUUCUUGCACCAAGCCGAAGAAGGCUGGAGAACACCUUGGGCCUCACAAGGCGCCUCCUAGAGGUUCCACUUCAGGGGCUAGACCUGCUGCCAAGGUCAAUGCCCGUCGUGCUCGCAUCAAUCACAUCGAAGUCGCUGCAGCGGAGGAGUCCCCGGAGGUCAUUUUGGGUGAUGAGGAGGGUGUGAAUUGUGAGGACGGCAAUUCAAAGUACCAGCAGGGGGAUAAAGGCAAGCAGCCCUUAGGGUGUAUCAACUUUAUUAUUCUGAAUAUGUCAUCCUUGGUGUGAUGUGAUGUUUGUGUUGGAGACACUACCCUUGUGUUUCUAAAUGCUUGUUUACUAUUGUUACCGUUGGGCAUUAGCAUGAGUAGGAAUUGUUUGUGGUAAACUUGGGAUUGGUAUUCCAUUAGGCUGGAUAUGAUCCUAAAUUCAUAUAUUUAUGUUGUCGUGUUCUAAGUAUCGGUCCUUGCUCCUUGGGUCUUGGGUGACUUGGUAACAUUGAGCAUGGUGUCGGACUUAGUGGUUUAUCUUUUGGUCAAGAAUCAUGUCAUGAUCAGCGAGCGAUGUCUCUGGUUAUGAUAAUAAAAAUUGCAACUAAAAAUGAAUCGACUUGAGUGGGUACCCUGAUAUUUGCUUCUUUAUCCCACUUAAGUCACUUCAAGGACAAAUUCUUGUGCCUUUGAUCCCAAGCCACUUCGUACCACCGAGUUGAUACGUCUCAAACGUAUCCAUAAUUUCUUAUGUUCCAUGCUACUUUUAUGAUGAUACUCACAUGUUUUAUACACACUUUAUGUCAUUAUUAUGCAUUUUCCGGCACUAACCUAUUGACGAGAUGCCGAAGAGUCAGUUGCUGUUUUCUGCUGUUUUUGGUUUCAGAAAUCCUACAAAGGAAAUAUUCUCGGAAUUGGACGAAAUCAACGCCUAGGGUCUUAUAUUUCCACGAAGCUUCCAGAAGACCAAAAGGGUUACGAAGUGGGGCGACGAGGCGCCGUACCCAUAGGCCGGCGCGGCCAGAGGGGGGCCCGCGCCGCUCUAUGGUGUGGGCCCCUUCGUCAGCCCUCCGACUCUGCCCUUCCGCCUACUUAAAGCCUUCGUCGCGAAACCCCCUGUACCGAGAGCCACGAUACGGAAAACCUUCCAGAGACGCAGCCGCCGCCAAUCCCAUCUCGGGGGAUUCAGGAGAUCACCUCCGGCACCCUGCCGGAGAGGGGAAUCAUCUCCCGGAGGA